AUGGGACUUUACCCUGGUACCGUCAAGGAUCCCCAUACCGCCUUCACAUUCUCCAUCCUCGAUGAUUUCAUUCUGGAGAACAAAGAGUGCAAGACGGCGGCAUUGAACUACUACAGCAAACUCAAACAGGUCAUGAGGAAUGCCUUCCCUGGCACUGUUCCCUUCCUCGCCAGGACCGUUAUCUGGCACGGCUUCUCACACGAUGCCCUCCGUCCUGUGGAGAAGGGUGGCCUCACCAUCUUUUGUCCCGCCUGUCCCCAGUCUGGGCUCAACCUGCCUUUCGAUUGGCAAGCAGAUCCAGUGCAGUGGAAGUUCAAACGUGGCUUCGUCAUGGAUGGCAAUUUCAGUGCAGAGCACAUGAAGAUGAAGCACCCCAAGGAGGACGUCGCCCUCAGUGACGGCCAGGCAUUCAUGGUCGGCCAAGAGGAUUACAAGGCUCAUCUGGCAGUGGCCAUGGAGUCACAUCAGCGCUCCACUUGUCACGAGCACCGCGCUGUCAAUCAGGCCAAUGUGGAUCGUGCCAACCUCGAUGCCACAGGAAUUGGGGCCACUGCUUGCGCCAGACAUGGUUUCUUCGUCCCUCAUACUGUCGUCAAUUUCCAGAAGGGAGAAAGACAAAUGAAUAUGGAUUACUCUCUCAGCAAUGCGCUCCUGACCCUCACCGGUAUCACCCUCAUCCUCAUCAUGUACGACAUCAUGUGCCAGUAUAGCAUUCAUGUCCGCAAACAUUUCCGCCACAGCGCCUAUCUGAGGAUGCCCUUCGAGCUCAAGGUUAUCGAGACCCUGUGGGUGCCGACAAAUGAGGUCUCAGGCAGUACCAGGGGCAUGACCCGAGCUCACCGCCAAGAAGUCCUUGACGAUCACAUGAAUGACUCCAACUGGAAGAAGACGACUCGCAUGGUGCCAACCUUGAUGACAAAGUGGAAACGCAUGCUCCUGGGCUUCCCACGAAGCAAGGAGUCCUUUGAAGCUUUAUCUGCAUCCACAGAUGAGGAUGUCCUUGAGGCAUGGCAGAAGGAGUACGAUGACGCUAUGGAGGCUCGCCAAAAUGAUCCGAAGAUCAUGGACACCUUCGAUGUCCAGCUCAUGAAGGCCCCGGGUAAAGACCUCACCCAACUCAGACUGGCGGGCGAGGAGUCCGCCAAGGGCUUGGAGAAGGGCACCGCCGGAUGGUUGUCGACUGGCCUCAAAAUUCAAGAAGCACAGCUUAAGCUUGCGAAUGAUAUCCGCAAGGCGGGUCAAAAUCCGAGUGUGGCGGAGGACCUCAAGACUCUCGAGCGCCGUCAGCGCCUCGAAGUCAGCAUUCUCACAUUCCAACGUCGCUCUGAGAAGUUCAUGGGAAGGUUGGAGGACGUUCCCGCCAUGGAAGAUCGUGACGACGGUGCGCUCUGGGAUUCCUUGGAUGAGAAUCCUUUUCAAAUACACCCGGAGGACGCUGAGUAUGGCGAGGAUGUGAUUCCUCCCGAGCGAGCUUCCUUGAAUUUACCUUCGCAGAUCAGAUUCGUGGCCGCCGUCGCCAACGGGCUCCAGACCCUGGCGGCCCAAGAGUUGGAGUUGCGCAAAGGCCUGAUGAAUGACAUCCUCCAUGAGCUUCGCAUGGCCCUUGGACUGAAGUCUUACCUCUACCGCAAGAGGGUUUGUCCUGCCAACAGCGUCGGAACCAUGACCCAUGCACAGGCGGAGGUUCAUGCUGCCAAUCAGACCGUCUUGGCCUGCGCCAGGCUCUAUUCCGCCAACCGACGCGCCAUUAUGCGCUUGGGCGCCACCGAUGAAGACUUGGCCCUCUAUCGCCCUUUGGAUAAGAAGGACCUGCACGUGAAAACUGCCGUCAUCGAGGCUAGCACCUCCGGGCUCAGGAACGUCAACCUGGCUUGGUUCUGGACCAUGGAUGUCGCUGGAGAUCGAGGUUCAUCAGAAUGGAUGGACGAGUUCUAUAGAGUAAAUUGGCUGCGUGCCAGAGCUCAAUAUGAGAGAUGGAGGGAGGAGCGUGUCUUGGUCCACUCGGAAAUGGCCUGGACCAUAGCCACCUUCAAGCGGAAUGCGGAACGAUGGGCUCACUGGCUCGAGAUGACGGAUUCUUCCUGGCAGGGUCAUGUUUGCUAUGCCGCCAGGCAAUCUUCAACAUCAGAUGCGCGCCCCUGCCUGUUCUCCAGAGGGAGGUUGCAGUUGGAAGUCUACACUUGGAGGAUCCAAGAAGCUGUUCUGGCACUGGAGCCUCACCCAGAUCACUUCACCAAGGUCCAUUGGGAGGAAGGCUUGUGCCGGGAGAUGUUCGCCGUCAGGGGUAUCUGUGGCAACCUCGUGUUGGCAGGUCAUGCUGACCAUAUUGACCAUGGUGGAGUUAUCGCCAGUGUCCUCACCAUCUGCACUUUUAAUUGCGAAGUUCUGCGCCCCAUCAGCAUUGACGUCAAGGCGAUUCCACGCCCCACCACCCUCGUUCCUCGUCCUAAGAACCUACUCGAGGAUUCACCCGACUACUGGUGGAAAUGGGAUCGUCAGGUUGGGCCGGCGGGGAGCCCUAUGGAGGCCUGGUGGUACAAACUUGGUGAUCCCUGGGAGAAGGUGUACACCGUCUCCGAGUCUACACUGGUGCAGCUUGAACAGCUGCAUGUUCGCAUCGCAAACCUCACUAGUUGGUUGCACGAGAGGACAGAUCAGAACCUGGAUGUGGUGCUGGAAGAGCUGCAGGAGGCGACACGGCAGCUGCGCAGUGGAUCAAUCACUGAAAAAUAUGCCCAUGGCGGUGGACUGAUCGCUGAGAACUACACCUAUGGCGGUGGGCUGAUAGGUCUGAGCAAGAGGUGCUGCAUGAGCAACGACUCGGUGUCGGAGCCCCCUUCUUCUGUGGUGUCCUUCGGCUCUUACGCUGAUUCGCACACGUCCGCAUCCUCAUCUACUUCGUGCUCUUCGGUUGACUUCGGGUACAAUCCGUUCACUUCGUAUGGUCUACUUCUUGGCUCGGGCAAUCAGGCGUGGCAUCCGCCCAUGCUUCCCCCCAACCAAUCUCCACAUUUCAUACAUCCGCCCAUGCUUCCCCCCGACCAAUCUCCAUGUUUCAUACAUCCACCUAUGCUACUCCCUGACGAAUCAUCCAGUAUGUUCCUUCACCCACCCAUGCUUCACCAAGAUGACACGGACACGAUACGAGCCCAGUUGACAACCUAG